AUGGUCCCUGUACAGUCUUUCACAGGUGGGCUGCUGGGCACAGGUGGGGCUGCUGGUCACAGGUGGGGCUGCUGGUCACAGGUGGGGCUGCUGGUCACAGGUGGGGCUGCUGGUCACAGGUGGGGCUGCUGGUCACAGGUGGGGCUGCUGGUCACAGGUGGGGCUGCUGGUCACAGGUGGGGCUGCUGGUCACAGGUGGGGUUGCUGGUGCUGGUGCUGGCGGCUGGCGCUGGUGCUGGUUCCUGGUGCUGGCAGCUGGCACUGGGGCUGGUUCCUGAUGCUGGCGGCUGGUGCUGGGGCUGGUUCCUGGUGCUGGCGGCUGGCGCUGGUGCUGGUUCCUGGUGCUGGCGGCUGGCACUGGGGCUGGUUCCUGGUGCUGGCGGCCGGCGCUGGGGCUGGUUCCUGGUGCUGGCGACUGGCGCUGGGGCUGGUUCCUGGUGCUGGCGGCUGGCGCUGGGGCUGGUUCCUGGUGCUGGCGGCUGGCGCUGGGGCUGGUUCCUGGUGCUGGCGGCUGGCGCUGGGGCUGGUUCCUGGUGCUGGUGGCUGGCGCUGGGGCUGGUUCCUGGUGCUGGCGGCUGGCGCUGGUGCUGGUUCCUGGUGCUGGCGGCUGGCGCUGCGACCGCCGGUGCGACGGGCGAGGUGCAAGGUGGCGCUGGCUGCAGUCGAUGGCGCAAACGCGAUCGCGGGCCGCUGGCGACUUCGCUGGCGGGUCGCUGGCGGCGGGUCCGCUGGCGUUCGCCAUAG